CCCCCACGCUUUCCUCAAAUCCGAGAGCCCUCUCUCUCUCUCCCUCUCUCCCUCUUUCUCUCACUACAACAUUUUUAACUCAAUCUGUUCCUAUCUGUCUCUGCACUUUCUCUCUCUAUAUCUAUACAUCGAACCUAUACAUACACCAAAAAAUACUGCUACAUCUAUAUACGAAUCGUUCGAUAAAAUUCGUAUCCAAUCCCUAAAUCUUCCAAAGCUUUCAUCUUUAUACUUGAAAUCUGAAUCUUUUGCUUCGCAAUCGUCGAAUUUUGUUAUCCCUUUUUUUUUUUGGGAGUUGGGGGACCAAAACCCUAGCUUUCACUUUCAGUUUCAAAACCCCCUCUUUUUUCAAACCUCAGUAAUCUUGAGAAUCACAAGUGAUUAGCUGUGGUAGAUUCCGCGGUUUGUGGCGUUUCUUGAUUUAUUCAGCACAGACAAACACCGCCCUUUGAAGGCAAUCUUUUGAAGGUCGGAUCAAUUGUAUAGAAGCACUGGGAUCAGGCUGUUCAAAGUGUUGAUACUUGAUAGGAGACUGCUAAUAAUGUAAUGCUGUUCCUGCAGUUCGACUGGAAUACAUCCUACUGUUGUCCGAUGCUGGAGGCAGUAUGCAGGUGAUUGUUUGCAGAGAUGCAAAGGUAUCAUGGUGGCAGCUGCACUAGUGCAGUUAACAAUAGCACUAUUGGGGGGCCGUCAGCCAGGGAUCCAUCUCGGGUGGAAUCAGCCUCCCUUCCGCCUAAUUUCUCCAGACGGCCAUUACAACUGAUCCCGUUUAAGUUGAAGUGUGACAAGGAACAUCUUAAUUCCAGACUUGGACCACCUGAUUUUCUUCCUCAGACUCCUAAUUGCCCUGAGGAGACAUUGACCAAAGAAUAUGUCCAAUCCGGUUACCGAGAGACUGUUGAAGGCCUUGAGGAAGUCAAAGAGAUAUCAUUAACUCAGCUUCCGGCUUUUACAAAGCCUGUUAUCUUUAAGUGCAAGGAGGCAAUUAGAAAAUGUCACAGGGCUAUCAAUGAGUCUCGAGCUCAGAAGCGAAAGGCAGGUCAGGUUUAUGGAGUUCCUCUUGAGGGCUUACAGUUGACGAAACCUGGUAUCUUUCCUGAUCAAAGAUCUUGCGGAGAAGAGUUCAGGAAGAAGUGGAUUGAGGGUUUGUCCCAACAGCAUAAAAGGCUAAAGUCUUUGGCUGAUCAUGUUCCCCACGGUUAUAGGAGAAAGUCACUUUUUGAAGUCCUUAUCAAAAAUAACGUGCCAUUACUAAGAGCAACAUGGUUUGUCAAAGUCACUUAUCUCAAUCAGGUUCGCCCUGGCUCUUCCAGUAUAUCAUCUGGGGUGCCAGACAAAACACAUAUUUCCCGCUCUGAGCAAUGGACAAAAGAUGUUAUUGAUUACUUGCAAUAUUUGUUGGAUGAAUUUAUUUCAAGAAACAGUGUCCAUUCUGCUUUACAAAUUAGAGAUCGGUCGCCACAAAUGGUUUAUGCAGGAUCAAUUCAGCUCAAGAGUGAUCCAACCUUGGGUACCAUCGAUUGUGAAGAGCCUUCACUGCAUUUUAAAUGGUGGUAUGUUGUGCGCAUUUUACAGUGGCAUCACAGAGAAGGGUUGCUUAUCCCAUCACUCGUUAUUGAUUGGGUGCUCAACCAACUACAGGAAAAGGAAUUACUUGGGGUUCUGCAGUUGUUAUUACCUGUAAUUUAUGGUUUCAUUGACACUGUUGUAUUAUCUCAGUCUUGUGUGCGCACUUUGGUGGCAAUAGCUAUUCGUUUUAUCCAAGAACCUUCUCCUGGUGGAUCUGACCUUGUUGACAACUCUCGUAGGGCUUAUACUAUGGCUGCUCUUGUUGAGAUGCUUCGAUAUCUGAUGCUGGCUGUGCCUGAUACUUUUGUUGCUUUGGAUUGUUUUCCUAUGCCACCAUGUGUGAUGACCAAUGUGGUGACUGAUGGGAGUCUCUACUCAAAGGUAACUGAGGAUACUAGAAAGGUUAAAAAUGCCCCUUUUGAAGUUGCUUAUUUUCUUGGAGAUAAGGGCCCGGAGGUUCGGUCUGAUUCUUAUUCCAUUGGUCGUGCUGUAUCUUCAAUUCAGAAGCGAGCACAGCAUCUUGCAACGGCUGCAAGACCCGGCCAUCCUGGGCAAAGUGUUGUCAAAGCUUUACAUGCCUUGGACAAAGCCCUUGCGCAUGGGGAUUUGAGAGAGGCAUAUAAGUUUCUUUUUGAGAAUGUUCAUGAGAGUUCUAUUGAUGAUUGUUGGUUUGCAGAAGUCAGUUCCUGUUUGCGUUCCUCGCUCAAGUAUAUCCGGGGUGUUACUUUGUCAUCUAUUUGUUCCGUUUUCUUCAUCUGUGAGUGGGCAACAUGUGAUUUCAGGGAUUUUCGUUAUGCCCCACCACGUGGAAUGAAGUUCACUGGGAGGAAGGAUUUUUCUGCUAUAUAUGUUGCUGUAAGGCUUUUGAAACUGAAGAUUUCAUCAAGGCCCAGGGACCUCAAAAUUGUAAAGAAUAACCAUCUUCGAAAAGAUCCUGGCCAGCUGACUAACUAUGCUGGUAGGACUCCUGCUAGUGGUGCUUCUGAAUCUCUUUCUAAUUCAAGGCGUGCCCGUGAAAAAUGUAGUGAUUUCCUAGGUAUGUUUGAUAGCCCAAGCCCUUUGCAUGAUAUUAUUGUGUGCUGGAUAGAUCAGCAUGAAGUGCAAAAUACAGAAGGUUUCAAGCGUCUUCAACUACUGAUUAUCGAACUUAUCCGAGCUGGAAUUUUUUACCCACAAGCAUAUGUGAGGCACCUGAUUGUUAGUGGAAUAAUGAAUGGGGAUGGACCUCUUUCUGAUCCCGUGAAACAAAAAAGACACUGUAAAAUCUUGAAGCACCUACCUGGUCCUUGUGUUCAUGAUGCUUUAGAAGAAGCUCGAAUUACUGAUACCCCGGUCCUUUCAGAGGUGGUGAAUGUCUACUGCAAUGAACGGAAGCUAGUCCUUCAUGGGAUGAUUGAUAGCUACAACAGCGCUUGUGGAAGUUCUUACCAUAAGCGUAAGCCUCGUCCUAACUCUAGUGAGAGUCUAUCUGCUCCCUCCAUUGAUCAGUUGAGAUCUUCUGAGUCUGGAUCCUUUAUGUCGUCCAAAAAUGUUGGCAGAGGUCUUGAGCUUGAAGAGUUGAAAAGGUCAAUUACAGCAUUGCUGCAAUUUCCAAGCUCUUCGUCAACAGAUACUGGAGUUGAUGACUCUCAGAUAAGUUUGAAGAAGGCUGUUGUUUAUGGUAGCAACGGGAUGGAUAACAGUGAAGGAACACCUGGAUGUGAAGAAUGCAGAAGGGCAAAGAAACAAAAAUUAAGCGAAGAGAAAAGCUCUUACAGUCAGAUCUAUCCACAAAAUCCAUCAGACGAUGAAGAGACUUGGUGGAUGCGAAAAGGCCAGAAGUCCAUUGAGUCUGUUAGAGCAGAACCACCUCCUAAACCAGCCAAGACAGCUUCAAGGGGCCGGCAAAAAAUUGUCCGUAAAACUCAGAGUCUUGCACACUUGGCUGCAGCCAGGAUUGAAGGUAGUCAGGGAGCAUCCACAAGCCAUGUUUGUGAUAGUAAGAUUAGCUGCCCACAUCACAGGCCUGGCAUUGAAGGUAGUGUUCCCAAGUCAGCAGAUGGUAUCAGAAUGCUUAAUGGAGAUGUUGUUUCUAUUGGGAAAGUUUUGAAGAGGCUACGUUUUGUAGAUAAAAGGACCAUGACUCUGUGGUUGAUAGGUAUUGUAAAGCAGCUAGUGGAAGAGUCCGAGAAGACUGUGACUAAGGUUGGCCAAUAUGGUCGACCAUUCUCUGCUGCUGAUGAACGGAGUUGUGUGCGCUGGAAGAUUGGUGAAGAUGAAUUAUCAGCAGUGUUAUAUCUGAUUGAUGCUUGUGAUGAAUUAGUUUUGGCAGCCAGGUUCCUUUUGUGGUUGUUACCUAAGGUUCUUGGCAGCUGCAGUGCUACAGUUCAUGGUAGUAGGAACAUUCUAACAAUUCCUAAGAACACAGAAAACAAUGCCUGUGAAGUAGGCGAAGCAUAUCUUCUAUCAUCUAUGCGGAGGUAUGAAGGCAUCAUUGUUGCUGCAGACCUUAUUCCUGAAACAUUGUCAGUGGUAAUGCAUCGUGCUCAAACUAUUCUGACGUCAAAUGGAAGAGUUUCAGGUUCACCAGUCGUAAUCUACGCGCGGUACCUCUUGAAGAAGUAUGGUAGUGUUGGCAGUGUUACUGAAUGGGAAAAGAAUGUCAAGUCAACCUUUGACAAGAGACUUGCUUCUGAAGUUGAAUCUGGAAGACUGGUGGAUGGAGAAUUUGGAUUUCCACUUGGUGUCCCAGUGGGAGUGCAGGAUCCAGAUGAUUACUUCCGUCAGAAGAUAACUGGUGUUCGGGUAUCUAGGGUUGGUUUGAGCAUGAGAGACAUUGUGCAAAAAAAGGUUGAUGAAGCUGUCAAUUAUUUCUAUGGCAAAGACAGAAAGCUCUUUGGGCCCAACUCUGGAAAAAUUCCUGGAUUCCAAAAAUGGGAAGAUGUGUAUCAGAUUGGUCAGCAGAUUGUAAUGGGAUUAAUGGAUUGCAUGAGGCAGACAGGUGGUGCUGCUCAGGAAGGAGACCCAACAUUGGUUUCCUCCGCUAUAUCUGCAAUUGUUAUCAGUGUUGGGCAAGUCAUAGCAAAGAUUCCUGAUCUGACUGCCAGUAAUAAUCACCCGAGUUCAUCCACUUCUGCUUCGUUGCAGUUUGCACGAUGCAUCUUACGUAUUCAUGUAAUAUGUCUUUGUAUACUUAAGGAAGCUCUCGGAGAGCGUCAAAGCCGUGUCUUUGAAGUUGCUCUUGCUACUGAAACAUCCUCUGCCCUUGCACAACUUUCUUCUCCUGGAAAAGCUCCUCGGUCUCAGUUUCAGUUGUCUCCGGAAUCAAAUGAUAGUAAUCUGUCCAGUGAUAUUCUCAACAAUUCAAGUAGGGUCAUUGGGCGGGCUGCAAAAAUAUCUGCAGCUGUGUCUGCACUUGUUAUCGGGGCAAUUCUUCAGGGAGUUUCUAGCCUGGAGAGGAUGGUCUCCGUCUUCAGAUUGAAGGAUGGGUUGGAUGUUGUCCAUUUUGUGAGGAGUAUGAGGUCCAAUUCAAACGGGAAUGCACGUUCAGUUGGGACAUUAAAAGCAGAUAGUUUGGCUGAAGUUUCUGUCCACUGGUUUAGGGUGCUUGUGGGGAACUGUAGAACAGUUUCGGAUGGAUUUAUUGUAGACCUUCUGGGUGAAGCUUCUAUUCUGCCCUUAUUUAGAAUGCAGCGGAUGCUACCUGUAAACUUGGUCUUCCCUCCUGCAUAUUCAAUGUUUGCAUUUGUGCUAUGGAGGCCAUUGAUUCUCAAUGCAAGUUCUGGGACACGUGAUGAGGUUCAGCACUUGCAUCACUCUUUAGUGUUGGCUUUUGGUGAUGUUAUAAAGCACUUGCCCUUUCGCGAAGUAUGUUUGAGAGACACACAUAGCCUUUAUGAACUCAUAGCUUCUGAUGCUGUUGAUUCUGAUUUUGCAUCCCUGUUAGAAGCAAGUGGUGUUGACUUGCGCUCAAAGGCUUCUGCCUUUGUGCCACUCCGUGCCCGGCUUUUCCUGAAUGCCCUUAUUGAUUGUAGAAUACCACAGACAAUUGCUAAACUGAAUGACGGAAAUCAGGUGGCGUUACAAGGAGAGUCAAAGUUCCAUUGUGCUGAAAAUGAGACAAAGCUUCUUGAUAAGCUAGUAUACAUUUUGGAUACCUUGCAGCCUGCCAAGUUUCAUUGGCAAUGGGUUGAACUUAGGCUCCUCUUGAACGAGCAAGCUGUAAUUGAGAAGCUGGAUGCCCAUGAUCUCUCUUUAGUUGAAGCUUUAAGAUCCCUCUCGCCCAACUCUGAUAAAGCAUCGGUCUCAGAGAACGAGAGCAACAUUAUUGAAAUGAUCCUUACGAGGUUGCUUGUUAGACCUGAUGCUGCUCCGCUUUUUUCUGAAGUUGUACAUCUUUUGGGGAGGUCACUUGAGGAUUCUAUGCUAUUACAGGCUAAAUGGUUUCUUGGAGGCAACGAUGUUCUUUUAGGUAGGAAAUCUGUUCGUCAGCGGCUCAAUAAUAUUGCUGUAAGUAGAGGUCUUUCAACUAGAGCUCAAUAUUGGAAGCCGUGGGGGUGGUGUACUACCAACUCUGAUCCCACAACAAGCAAGAGAGAAAAGUUCAAAUCUGAAGUUUCCUCCAUAGAAGAAGGAGAAGUGGUGGAUGAAGGGACUACCUUGAAGCGGCCUGUGAAGGGGUCUGGUCGUACUGUUGAUGUUGAAAGGCUCCAUGUCAGUCAGCAGCAUGUCACUGAGAGAGCCCUUGUUGAUCUAAUUCUUCCUUGUCUGGAUCAAGCUUCAGAUGAUUCACGAAGCACAUUUGCUAGUGAUAUGAUCAAACAGAUGAACCUCAUUGAGCAACAGAUCAAUGCAGUUACUCGUGAAGCAAGCAAGCCUGCUGGAACAGUUGCUUCUGGAAUUGAAAGUCCAACAACUAAAAGCAGCCGCAAGGGAACGAGAGGUAGCAGUCCUGGGUUAGCCAGACGAGCCACCGGUCCAGCAGAAACAGUACCACCUUCACCUGCAGCAUUGCGAGCAUCGUUGUCAUUACGUUUGCAGUUCAUCCUGAGACUAUUCCCUAUAAUAUAUGCAGAUAGGGAGCCAUCAGGGCGUAAUAUGAGACAUGUGCUUGCGUCAGUUAUAUUACGUAUCCUUGGAAGUAGGGUUGUGCACGAAGAUGCUAGCCACUCCUUUAAUCAAGCUUGUAGUUCGAAGAGAGAAGUAGAUUCACUUGUGGAGGCUUCUGCUACUGCUUCUGUGGUUAUGUCCUUAGAAAGUCUCUUUGAUCGUUUAUUACUGUUAUUGCAUGGUUUGUUGAGUAGCCACCAACCACGCUGGCUCAAGUGGAAAUCAAGCUCUAAGUCACCCAGUGAAUCUAGCAAGGACUACUCUGUGUUUGAACGUGAGGUAGCUGAGAGUCUCCAGAAUGAUUUGGAUCGGAUGCAGCUGCCUGAAACAGUCAGAUGGCGCAUCCAAUGUGCCAUGCCAAUUCUUUUCCCUUCUGCUCGGUUGUCAAUAUCUUGUCAGCCCCCGUCCGUAGCACCUGCUGCUCUCAGUUCUCUUCUACCCAGCAACCCAGUAUCUGUAUUGCACUCUUCUAAUGGUUCAAACCAAACUCAGAGGAAUCCAGGUUCAUUAUUACGAACUGCCACGAGUGUGGCUGGGAAGGCCAAGCACGUAUCAUCACAGCAAGAGAACGAUCAUGAGGUGGAUCCAUGGAUUCUUUUAGAGGACGGGGCAGGGUCAAGCCACUCAUCCAGUAACUCUCCCUUGGUUGGUGGGGGUGAUCAUGCCAAUCUGAAAGCAUCCAACUGGCUUAAAGGAACUGUAAGGGUGAGAAGGGCAGAUCUCACAUAUAUAGGUGCAGUAGAUGAUGAUAGCUGAUAUGAGUUGCACAAUAUCUUUUUGAAUUGGGUGAGGAGCAGAACCGAGACAGGUCUUUCAUUAACUAACCCUAUGCACUUGUUUGGUGUCUGGAAUCACCAUGUCAGAGCAUUGCUCUGUUUGCCUUUGGUGGCAUAUGAAGCUGCUAGAAGGCCCAUUCUUUUCUGGGGCAUUGGGUUGCCGGUUGCAGACAAAACGCGAAGCAGCUUUCUCUAGCCUGCCCAUCCAACUGCUUUAGAACCCAGCUCGACUACUAACUUGUUCGUUAAGCCCCUUCCUAGAUUGCCCAAAUAUUGGUGCUGUUUGGUGGUUGUUGUACAUAUUGGAACUAUUGUUUUCCUUAUGUUGAGCUGAUUAGAAUAUCCAAAGGAACGAUAUGUAGCUGUUUCAUGAUAUGCAAAGUCAUUUUGUAUCCUCAAAA